GAGGCGCGGCGGGGGCAGAGCUCGGUCGGCGGCGUCGCGAGCGAGCGUCGUCCGUGUGCUCCUGGAGGCGCUGCCGGAGGCUUUGGCUCCGCUCUGAGCCGCUCCGGGAUGUUCUGCCUCCUUUCUAAGGCGGUCUCUUACUUCUGGAGACGUGCAGGUGACGAAGAUGAGAGAUGGGCGACCUCAGGUGAUCGAGAAUUGAAAACAGUACAAGGAGUAGUGACAAGACUUUGCCAUGAUUAUGGGAUGAUAGAUGACAUGAUAGUCUUCACAAAGGAUGUUGUUACAAAAAAUAUGUUGCUGGCCAUUGGACAAGAAGUUAUUGCCACAGUGGAAGAGGAUAAAACAUCGGGUGGCCUGAAGGCUAUCAGGAUAGACACCAUCCAGGAUACACAAGAAGACUUCAGUCCUACUUUUGAUGCCUCUGAACUACAUAACAAAACAUUAAUUGGCAGUAUUACCUCUCUCUCUAAGCAUGGUGGCUAUAUUAAUCAAAAUACUUAUUUUGCAAAGGAAGACGUCUGGGAAGAUUUCAAACCCUACGAAGGUGAUUGGGUGCAAGCAAAGUAUUUUAUUAAUUUGACAACAUGGAAGAGUGAAGCAGUUGCUGUAAGGCCUUUGAGAUAUAAGCAAGUAAACAAGGUUCGCAUUUCCAGCAUCUGUGGAAGAAUGGGGACAGUAGAUGAGAAUAUAUUUUUCACUUUGGAUUCCUUGAGACUUCCUGAUGGCUAUUCACCUCGUAGACAUGAUCUAGUGAAUACAAUUGUGGUGGAGAGCAGUCAGUCAUGUUAUAUUUGGAGAGCUCUCUGCCUGGUGCCAGUCAGCGAGGAUGGACAAUCUCACUCUAGUGGAGGUAAUACAGAUGAGCCUUAUGAAGACUUAAUGAGAGAAAAAGGAGAGUUGAAAAUAUCAAGAAUGACUAACUUUGGAACUCUGAAGCAGGGGGAAUCUAAAAGAAUUAUCAUUUGGAUAGAGAAUAAAGGGAGUGUACCACAGUCCUUAAUCAGCUGCAGAUUAGCUGGAUGGGUGAAAGACAAGCAAUUCAGGGUUCAGAUUCCUCAAAAAUGUGAGAACAGUCCAGAAGCAUAUCUGCCAUCUUUUCCAAUAAAUCAAGAAGACCUCUCAAAAGAUGGAGUUAAUUCAUUUAACAGCAGCGGAGGAACAAUAUGCGAGUCAUCGAACAAUACAUCCAUUAUAAAGAAUGGAGUCAUUCCAGAAGGAAUGAAUUUUCAAGAUACAAAUUUAUCAAGGACUGAAGAAAACAUUUCCCUGGUGAAAGAUGAAAGUCUACAAAAUGGAGGAAGUGAGCAAAGAGAACAUGUGGAGCAACCAACUGGCAAAAUUACUGGAGAAAUUGUAAUACCACCAGGUGGAAAAACAUUCAUAGUGAUCAUAUGCACAGCUGUGAAUCAUGGGCACAGUAAAGAGCUCCUGUUACUUGGCUUUUCUGAUUUUACUGUUGGACGCUAUAUUGAAGCCACUGUAACAAAUGAAGAAGAAUUACUUAUAGCACCUGUGGAACCAUUUUCUCGAAGAAAGCCUAAAAUUAUUGCAGAUUCUCAGCUAAGGAAGACAACAGUGACUGGCCCUAAAAACAGAAGAAAUAACAGAAGGUGGUGUUCAAACUUUCUCCCACAUUAUACCAUACCGGAUGAAUUAAGAAGAUGUGUGGAGCAGAAGUUAGACAUACUGACCUUUCAGCCCCUCCUAGCAGAGCGUCUUAAUCUAGAUAAUUAUAAAGCAAACUUCUCUACUCUUUUGUGGCUUGAAGAGAUCCAAGAAGAAAUGGAUUUAAAAUGUUUCAGCAUGAGUGGGAUUACUUUGAAAAGGAAUGGGAACUUUUUAGUGCUGGAAGUGCCAGGAGUAGAAGAGGGCAGACCUCGCCUGGUUCCAGGUGAUAAGGUGAUACUGAAAAGUCAGGUCUACUCGGAGCAUAUAAUAGAGUACAUUGCCUUUAUUACUGAGAUAUGUCAUGAAGAUGUUACUCUUAAAGUUAAUGCAGACUUUGAACAAGCUUACAACUUGGAACCCAUGGAUGUGGAAUUUGUUCAAUGCAGGAUUCCUAGCAGGCGAUGCCAGUUGGCAAUUCAGCAAGCUUCCUACCUGGGUGAAAAAGUGUUAUUUCCGGAAAGGCUUGUCUUGCAAUCACCACAAGCUAUCAAGACACAGAAUACUACUGAGUACUGUGGUGUUGAUGAUGGCCUUAAACAAUCUUCACAGCAGGAAAGUAAGGUCAAAAAAAAGAAGAACAAACAGACAAAAGGCAUGACAUCAAGGGAGGUGAAUGUACAGGAUAUGAUGAGAGUAACUCUGCCAACAAGCCAACUUGUUGGUGAAACUGUGGCACUUAAAGAGAGAGCUGGUGAAUUUUUCAAUCCGAUGCUGAAUGUGCAACAGAAACUGGCAGUGAAAAGGAUACUGAGUGGUGAAUGUCGCCCAACACCUUAUAUUCUCUUUGGACCACCAGGAACUGGAAAAACAGUAACAGUAAUUGAAGCUAUUUUACAGAUACAUUAUACUCUACCAGAUAGUCGGAUUUUGGUAUGUGCACCAUCAAAUGCUGCAACAGAUCUGAUUUGCUUGCGGCUGCAUCAAAGCAGUCUCUUAAAACCGGGAGCUAUGGUCCGAGUUAAUGCUGCCUUCAGGUCAGCAGAGCAAAUUGAUGACAUAGUGAAACCUUACUGCAAAGAUGGUGAUGAUAUUCAGAAAGCAUUGUGGUCCAGGAUAGUAAUUACAACGUGCAGCAGUGCAGGAUUGUUUUAUCAAGCAGAUACACGGCUUGGACACUUCACUCAUGUGAUUCUGGAUGAAGCAGGGCAAGCAAGUGAACCGGAGAGCCUGAUUCCUAUUGGAUUGAUUUCAGAAGCUCAUGGACAGAUAGUUCUUGUUGGAGAUCCAAAGCAGUUAGGGCCGGUAAUAAAAUCUAAACUUGCGCUGACUUUUGGAUUAAGUAUCUCCUUGCUGGAAAGACUGACAUCAAGAGAGCUAUAUCUGAGAGAUGAGGAUGCUUUUGGUGCCUGUGGAGCAUAUAAUCCUUUGUUGAUCACAAAACUCACGAAGAACUACAGGUCACAUUCUGCAUUGCUUGCCUUGCCAUCUAAAUUGUUUUAUCAUAAGGAGCUAGAAGUUUGUGCAGACGCUUCAGUAGUAACUUCUUUGCUGAAUUGGUGUAAAUUGCCCAGGAAGGGAUUUCCAUUAAUUUUUCAUGGAAUAAAGGGCACUGAAACUCGUGAAGGUCACAGUCCUUCAUGGUUUAAUCCAGCUGAAGCAGUUCAAGUGAUGCAGUACUGUUGCCACCUUGCUAAAAAUGAAAACGCUGCAGUGUCAGCGACAGAUAUUGGAGUAAUUACACCAUAUCGUAAACAGGUGGAAAAGAUUAAAUUUCUUCUGAGAAGUAUUGAUUUGGCAGAUAUUAAAGUUGGCACAGUAGAAGAGUUUCAAGGGCAGGAGUAUACAGCUAUUAUCUUAUCAACAGUGCGAUCUCAGGAAGACUUAAUUGAUGAUGAAAAAUACUGUUUGGGCUUUCUCUGUAACCCAAAGAGAUUUAAUGUAGCAAUUACUAGAGCAAAAGCUUUGCUGAUUGUCGUGGGAAAUCCUCAUGUUCUUGUGAAAGAUCCCUGUUUUUGUGCACUGUUAGAAUAUAGUUUAAUGAAUAGAGUUUAUGUAGGUUGUGACCUGCCUUCGGAGCUGGAAUGCCUGCAGAAUGUUUCUCAGUUCUGCCUACAUAGCUGCUACUGAAAACCUUGUUUGAAGAGAGACCUACCCUGUGGAAUUGUACAGGAUUAAGCAGUGCUUACACCUUUAGAACAGUUCCUUCUGGCAGCUUGAUGCACAGGGAGAGCUGGUUGUUCCAGAGGUGUUAGCUUUGAUAUUCUAGUCAUUUCUUUCAUGAAGACAGGACCUGAUGGGCUGGAAUGAAGAAAAGGGGAUAAAACAGUGUUCACUAUUGGUUAGAGUCAUAGAAUAUCCUGAGUUGGAAAGGCUUGGUGCUGUGACCUCUUCCCUGGGGAGCCUGUUCUAGUGACUAACCACUCCCUGGAUUAAGAAGUUGAAAUCAUCUUCCAUUUUUCUUGUGACAAAAAUGUACUUAAAUGUCUUUUUGGGUAUGCAAAAAAAGAAUUCAGCCACUGCAUACAAAAGGAGCAAUGACAGAGUCACUUUAGAGUCAGUCUCUUUCUUUUACAGGCAGUUCAACUAAGCCUUACUUUGCAUGAAAACCAUGUUCCAGAUACUCAGUUCUGGCUACAGGAACAGUCUCUUCCCUCAGAAAAAAGAAAAAAAAUAAAGCUCUGUCAUGGCUGUUUCUGAUUUAUUAAUUCAUUGCCUUACUAAGAAAUUACAAAAGCCAGAGAGGAGGUUACACCACAUCUCAAGGAGCACAUCAGAGGUAGAUCAAGUCAGAGAACACUGGACCACUAUUACAGAUUUCUUUCCCUGCUUCCCUCCAUAUAUUGUAUGAGGCAUUGUGAGCUCAAGAAAAACAAGAGACUGAGAAAGAGGUAUACUCUGUGAAGUAGAUGAUUCCUGAGUCAUUUGACAUGAGCAGUUAAGAGUUGAAAUUUAAAAAAUACCUUCAAAAGACAGUCAGAAAACAUCAGAGGUUUCCUUGCCAGAAUCAAAGCAAGAACACUGAACAGGUUCUUGCUUCCACAGUAUGCUUAAAACAGUAGCAAAUGUCUGAGAAGUAUCUUCUGCAUUGUAGCAGUCUCAGCACUCCUGACGUCUGAAUUCUGUGCCAUGGUACCAAGAGUUCCCUUAAUAAAUGGUAUUUGCUUUUUCAAACAGGUACCUUACCUAGUAGGUGGCUGCAUUUAGAUCACAAGUAAAAGUAUGUACUUCUAAUAGUAUUUUAGAAUGUAAAAGCUUUAUUAGAGUGGCAUUCUCUCCUAUUGUUUAUUAUAGUAUUCCAGUGACUAUUUCUAAAUAUUUUUAAGUUCCCCUUAAAUUGCUGUUGUUUAUCUGUCUAUGAUGGGGCCGUGUAGGUCAGGUCACACUGAUUGAUGAAGGAGUUACUGGCCAAGUACUUUUAAUGUUUCAUUUGUUAUUGCUGUUAGUUCCACAUCUUCUUCAUAACAGCUGUUUAUACUGUGCUCUAUCUAGUGAAUGUUACAUUCCUAUCAACUGCAAAGCAACAUUUUGAAGAUUAGACUGUGGCCCUCUGACAUGAAUCUAAUUAUUCAAGUCAUACCAGCUCUGUAGUCCAAGACAGAUGCAUGGCUGGGUGCUCAGUGCUACAGUGAUCAGGCUUCAGGGAUAGGCUGUGUGUACUUUUCCAGAUAAUGCAGGGUGAAAGCCCUGUUAAUUCUUUCUGUCUUUCCUCCUCCUGUACAGUGCUCAGUCUACACUUGAAGUGGAAAAAAAUGGAGGCUGUAGCUACAACCUGUAUUCAAUGUCUUGUGUGAUCGUGUCUUUUCCAUAGAGCACAUUAUCCCAGUAAGGACAUUGUAUCAGU